AUGGUGCCCCCCCCCCCGCCCAUCUACAUUCGUGUGAAGAGGAAGAACCAAACCAUCUUCUUGUACGCUGACGCCAGCGAGAAGGUUGCCGACCUUAAGGGCAAGCUUGCCAAGAUUAACGAGAAAUCGGCGGACGAGCUCGCCCUCAUCUUCAACGACGCCAAGCUGGACAACGACAAGACUGUUGGCGAUUACAAGAUUGAGAACGACCAGGUUGUGUACCUCGUGUACAAGAAGGAUGGCUCGGAUGAGUUUGAGGAGGUGGACAUUCAGAAGCCCAAGCCUGCCGAAGAGUCUGAGCCCAAGGAGUAA